UGCGGUGCCAAUAUACUCCAAUUUCAGUUUGGAGUCGAGAAGAGUGAAGAUUGAAAACAAAGCUGUGAAGAAUUAUCAGAAGACAAGAAUCAAGCAAUUAUUUCGACAAUGAAACUUGGAGCUGUUCUAAUCCUUGCUCUGGUGUAUAUUUUUUCGCCAGCAGGUAACUUAAAAUUUCGUAUAAUUUAGGUCAUGAUGCUUGCGAUGUUACUCUGACUGUAUAUCCACACCGGGCAAGCUUGAAAAUUAUGCUUGGCCACGUUGGGAAUCAAACCUACGACCAUUGGAAUACUAUAGCCCAAUGUUUUGCCAACUGAACUACGCAGUCAGGUUGGUUCGAGUAUGUGAUAUUUUGGAACCGAGUCUAGUUCCUUCGAUAUCAAUGUAAUCUAGUAAUCAUGAUUUUUUUCUCUGUGUUGGUGUUGUGUACUCAGGUGAAUAUGAUAUUUGUAUGUUACUCUGAGUAACAUCACAUUCAUCUGAGUACAUAACACCAACACAAAAAAAAUUAGGUCAUAUUAAAGUUAAGCACUGGCGAAUAAAUUACUGUUUUUGUACAUUAUGUCACUGUUUAAAAGCAAAACUAGUAAGUUCAAAAGUUUACCCAUGCACGCUUUAUAUAAUUUUGUCAAAUUUGAUGUCGCUAAUGUGAUCACGCAAAGGGUUUAAUAAUGCAACCCUUUAUUCUCUUUAGAAUAGAAAUUCGCCAACAAAUGAAUGCAUUUUAUAUUUUUAACAGAAUCGUCUGUCGGGGAGAGUGAUGUCGUUCGUAUAUUUGAUCCAAGUCUGAGAAUGCCACGCGCUCAACUCAAAGCGUUGUUGGCAAAGGCAGAUCUGGUUUCAGCUGGUUUUACGAAAACUAAAGAAACUCAGAUCGUCACGGGUGAAGAUGGUAAAAAGGUAACGAAGGAAGUCACCUACUACACCGUCCAAGACGCCUGCUCCAAUGUUUCAUACUGGGAAGAAAUAAUUCGCGAUCGUCUUCCAACGUUAUCUGCAAAAUUAACAAAGAAGGUUAUCGAUGAAGUGGAGAAACGCAUCAGUAAUCGUGCAACCGAGUAUUGUCAAUUUGGUCUCGAAAUUCAUUUCGAACUUUGCGGUCACACUGAGAAAAAAGAAAAACCUGCAAAGCGUGGAUUUCUUUGGCGGCGCCGCCGCAGGAGAAACCCACCACCACCACGAACAACGAACAUAUGUAUCGGCCCAUGCUCUUGUUGUUCUUAUUGUGAGAGCGCUACGAUCAAGUACAUGUCCGUGAACUAACGAUGACACCAUGCGUGACGAUAAUGAUUAUCUGGACUUUUUUGUUUACUGUUGUUAAGUUGUUUGAUAUUUUGUUUUGUAUUUUUGAUAUUUAAAUACACCAGCAUUGAUAAUUUCGCUUUUGUUC